AUACCUUUACAGUAACCCAACUUACUCCCCAGAGGCAAAAUGGCCGCCAAACGGUCACACGAGGAUUUGGAUGGCAUCCAUGAAUCAAGACAGCCGCAGGUCCACCGGGACGACCCAAAACCUGCAAAGAAACCCCGCCGAGAGGGUCCUCCAAAGAUCAGGAAGCAAGUGCACGCAUCCAGUGUGAAUGCUGUCAAGAAGCGGAUACGUGAUGUGACUCGUCUUCUUUCACGAUCGGAGGAUUUGCCAGCAGAUGUCCGUCUCGAAAACGAGCGAGCACUCGCUGCUUACCAGCAAGAACUGAAUGCUGCGGACGAGGAGAAGACAAGGCAGCGAAUGAUAAAAAAGUACCACAUGGUACGGUUCUUUGAGAGACAAAAGGCGACGAGAACGCUCAAAAAACUAAAGAAGCGCCUGCUAGAAGCGACAACCGGGGAGGAAGUCGAGGAUAUCAAAGCUCAGAUGCACAUCGCCGAAGUUGACCUUCACUACGCUCAUUCAUACCCGCUGAAUGAACGUUACGUCAGUUUAUAUCCACCUAAGGGCGCCGAGGAGAGUGAAGACAAACAAAAGGAUGCUGUGAAGCCACCGAUGUGGGCAGAGAUUGAAAGGCGGAUGGAGGAAGGCACACUGAAGGAGCUACGGUACGGUGUGAGAGAGGGGCAUGUCGAGAAGCCAAAGACGGUCCGGCAGAAACCAGCAACAACAAAACCACGACUUGCGUCGGAGACUCAGAAUUCCAAGAAGAGGGCCGAACCAGGGGAACGUGUGGGACAGAAAGAACGUGUGCCGGAACCGCAGGACUACACCUUGAACCGCAGAGAGAGGAGGAAGGCUAUGAUUAAGACUGGCGCUUUAAUAACGACGAAGGCGGCCAAGAAGCCCGCAAUCCACGAGCCAAUGGCUAACGAGGUGGACAAUGAUGACAACGGCAGCGAUGGAGGAUUCUUUGAAUGAUUUGUAUAGAACAUAUAUGAUUCUGUGGAGUUUUGAUAACUUCCGGUAUACCCAAUACGGAUACACACUUUUACAUACCCUCAUGACUGUUCGCCCCUCUUGAAAUUAAUUGAGGCAUUCUGUAUCUACCGAAAACACACGUUGGCCGCCCAAAAGUUCGAAGUAGAACCGUGUGUGUGAAGCAGAGAA